CUCUAGGUCCUCGUCUCCAAGAUAGCGUUUGCAAUGGCUACCAAUCGUACAGCUGAGAACCUGCCAUGGGUUGAAAAGUAUCGUCCCACUACUCUGGACGAUGUGUAUGGUCAACCAGAAGUUGUUGACACAGUUCGCCGUUUUGUUCAUGAUGGUAGACUGCCUCAUCUUUUGUUCUACGGACCACCAGGUACAGGAAAGACAUCGACAAUCAUCGCUCUUGCUCGUGAAAUUUACGGGAAGAACUACAAGAAUAUGGUGUUGGAGCUGAACGCCUCAGACGAUCGUGGUAUUGACGUUGUGCGAAACCAGAUCAAGGACUUUGCCAGUACGAUGCAAAUCUUCAGUAAAGGUUUCAAAUUGAUUAUUCUGGAUGAAGCAGAUGCCAUGACAAACGUUGCACAGAACGCAUUGAGACGUAUCAUAGAAAAGUAUACCAAGAACACAAGAUUUUGUAUUCUGGCCAACUAUGCACACAAGUUGAAUCCAGCUCUGUUGUCUCGUUGCACUAGAUUCAGGUUCUCUCCAUUGAGCGAAGAAUCCAUCAAGGAUAACGUCCAAAAAGUCAUCAUCAAGGAACACCUGACCAUUUCACAAGAGGCAGAAAGUGCGCUUCUGAAACUAUCCAAAGGUGACAUGAGAAAGGCCCUAAAUGUCCUACAAGCAUGUAAAGCUGCCACUGAUGGGGAAAUCACCGAAGAUAUGAUCUUCGAAAGUGUAGGUGCACCGCACCCAAAGGACAUUGAAACCAUACUGGACUCUAUCUUGAAAGAUGACUGGAGCACUGCUGUUGGCACUCUGAACAGAAUCAAACAGCUCAAGGGUCUUGCAUUAAUCGACUUAUUGCAAGGCUUUGUGGAGAUCCUUGACCAUUAUGAACUUGAAAGGCAAACCAGGGCUUCAAUACUUGAAGGAUUGGGAGAAAUCGAAUAUGCCAUUUCGAAAGGUGGAAAUGAAAAAAUUCAAAGCAGUUCAAGCGUUGGAGUUAUAAAGCAAAGCUUAGAAUUGCAAA